AUGGUAGCUAGCUCUAACAAUGAAUCAGUCAAUUUGGAUAACCUUCUUAUGCAAAGGAUUAUGGGCUUGAUUUUGAAGGUGAAGAUCAUCCUUUUGAGUGCAUGUGUGGCGGUUUACGUUGCCAAGACAAGAAGCAGAAAGACCCCUUUUGAUCUCAUCUUCUUCACCAAGAAGAUGUCAUCACAAUUUCCACCUCUGGAUUCAAACAAGGAUAACGAUUAUCACCCUAUUCCUGGUUCAGAACCUCCAUCAUCAUUACCUUCAGGGUCUAAACCAGGUCUCAACAAAUAUGCUCUUGCUGGUGCUAUUUUGGCUUCCACAAACUCUGUUCUCCUCGGCUAUGAUAUUGGGGUGAUGAGCGGUGCAGCCCUUUAUAUAAGGGAGGACAUGAACAUUACAUCAACUCAGCUAGAGAUCUUGGUUGGUUCCCUAAAUGUGUGUUCUUUGAUUGGAUCCAUUGCCUCAGGCAAGACUUCGGAUUGGAUUGGGAGGCGUUACACUAUAGUCCUGGCUGCAGUAACUUUUCUAAUAGGGGCAGUUCUGAUGGGACUAGCACCAUCUUUCUUGUUCCUUAUAGCUGGAAGAGUGGUGGCCGGGAUUGGUGUUGGAUAUUCACUUAUGAUUGCCCCGGUUUAUGUAGCAGAGCUCUCGCCGGCUCUUACACGUGGCUUUCUGACCUCCCUCCCUGAGGUGUUCAUCAAUGGUGGAAUACUACUAGGGUACAUCUCCAACUAUGCUUUGUCCGGCCUCCCACAGAACUUGAAUUGGAGACUUAUGCUUGGACUUGCAGCAUUUCCGGCGUUUGCUGUUGCUGUCGGCGUGUUGGCAAUGCCGGAGUCACCUAGGUGGUUGGUGAUGAAAGGCCGGUUAGACGAAGCGAAGCAGGUUUUGAUAAGAACAUCUGAAAGCAAGGAGGAAGCUGAAUUGAGGCUCAAAGAGAUAGCAAGAGCAGCUAAUUCAAUGCCUGCAACUUCUUCAAGCAAUUGGAGUGGGCAAGGGGUUUGGAGAGACUUAUUGUUGAGGCCCACUAGGCCCAUUCGCCGCAUUCUCAUUGCCGCCAUUGGUGUCAAUUUCUUCAUGCAAGCUUCCGGCAAUGAUGCCGUCGUGUAUUACAGCCCGGAAGUUUUCAGGGACGCCGGAAUUCAAAACAAGAAGCAGCUUGUUGGUGUGACAAUACUCAUGGGCAUUGCCAAGACCUUCUUUGUUUUGAUAUCAGCUCUGUUCUUGGACUCGUAUGGCAGGAGGCCACUUUUGCUUUUGGGCUCAAUCGGCAUGGCAUUCUCGUUAGCUUCAUUGGGCCUGGGCUCCAAGUUUCUUGAAUAUUCAAUUGACAAGCCCACAUGGGCUAUUGGGUUGUGUGUGGUGGCGGUGUGUUCGGCCGCUUCAUUCUUCUCCAUUGGGCUUGGGCCCAUCACAUGGGUGUACUCAUCGGAGAUUUUCCCAAUGAGGUUAAGGGCCCAAGGUUCAAGCUUGGCGAUAGGGGUGAACCGAUUGGUGAGUGGCUUGGUGGCAAUGACAUUUCUAAGCAUUUCUAGGGAGAUAACAUUUGGAGGUAUGUUUUUCAUGCUCGCGGGGAUAAUGGUGGUGGGUACAAUUUUCUUUUACUUCUGCUUGCCGGAAACAAAAGGAAAAAACUUAGAAGAAAUCGAGGCUCUCUUCGAGGAUGAGUAUGACAAGGAGAACCGGAAAAUGCUUCUUUCUUGACGUGCAUUGUAAGAGAUACGUAUCAUUAUUUCCAUUGCUUGGAACACAUUGAUUUGCAACAUUGAACACCAUAGGAAAUUAGUUGCAUAAGUU